AUGGUCAGCCCUUAUAUUGAGGGAGCAGCCAUCACCUUCCAGCCACUAUCACAAGUUUCAAAUAUCGACCAUGGCAGUGAUGUGUUUCGGCAGUUUGAAACUUGCAGAGAAUCUUUGAAUGGCCACCUGAGAAAGUAUUUCGAAUAUAUCGGACAUGAAGAGAACCAUGAAGACCUUCCUGGACUUUAUGCCAGACCUCUUCCACUCCGAGGAUCUGAAGCAGGUCAGAGUGCCAGACUCUCACAAACCAACGCUAUACAUGAUCUCAUCAAGCUCGACGACAUUCUUGGACAGAUCAAACAACAGGAGCGGCCCUAUAGCAAGUCUAUAUCUCCACUCAUUGUUGCAUGGACGGCAUUUUGCUUCACCUUGCCAUACGCCACCUCGCUAGGCGACCUGUCUUUCCUUUUCAAGAUCGGUGCUGCUUCGGGGGCUUUCGCCAUCGCUGCUCAGCUAGUUCGAAAGUUUCUGAAGUUGAGAAAGAUUACUCCUUUGCAGCACAAGGUGCGAGGACUGGUUCGAGCGUUCAAGAAUGGGACAAUACGGUAUAGGGAUUCGGAGGAGGUCAUGAUUUCGUCGCUAAAUUAG